UAGAAUCGGAUUAAAAAAAAAUUCUAUAUUUCAUUCGCAAAAGCUGGGUUUUAUUUGUAAUUAGAACCAGAAGAACAACGUUCCCCAAAUUCAAAAAAUCCACAAACAAUGCCUAAGCUUUCCUCUACACUCUUCUACACCAAACCCAGCCGAGCCUUGUCUUCAUCUUCUUCUUCUCCUCGUAGCAGUCUUCCAAAACUCCCACCUCUUCAAACUUUACUCAAACGUGGCUUCACUCCCACUCUCAAUUCCAUCAUCCAAUUCCUUCUCUUUCUUUCACAUACCCACAGAUUCAACACAGUCAUCCACUUCUUCUCUCAAAUGGAGUCGAACCAAAUCAAAGGCAACUCCCAAACUCGCUCAAUUCUCACAUGGGCUCUCCUUAAACUGCACAAAUAUGAAGAUGCAGAGCAUUUCAUGAGGACCCAGAUGGCCAAAGCUUCAAAUUUUCCGAGGAAUCGCAUGUGGGACACUCUCAUUCAAGGUCUCUGUAUCAACCAGAAAGACCCAGAUAAGGCUUUGCUGGUAUUACGGGAUUGCUUGAGAAAAUAUGGUACCUUUCCUUCUUCUUUCACUUUUUGCUCGUUAAUUUAUAGAUUUAGCUCUAUGGGGGAUAUGAGUAAGGCAAUUGAGGUUGUGGAGUUGAUGACAGAUGAGAAAAUCAACUACCCAUUUAACAAUUUUGUUUGUAGUUCAGUGAUUUCUGGGUUUUGUAAAAUUGGAAAGCCAGAAAUUGCUGCUGAGUUUUUUGAGAAUGCCCUAAAGUCUGGAGCUUUGCAGCCUAAUGUUGUGGUAUACACAGCACUUGUAGGUGCUCUUUGUAAAUUAGGAAGAGUUAGUGAGGUUUGUGAUUUAGUUUGUAAAAUGGCGAAGGAAGGAUUGGCAUUCGAUGUUGUUUUCUAUAGUAGUUGGAUUUGUGGUUAUAUUUCAGAAGGGAGUCUAAUGGAGGUGUUUCGGAAGAAGAGACAGAUGGUAGAUAAAGGCAUAAGACCAGAUACAGUUAGCUAUACUAUACUUGUAGAUGGGUUUUCGAAGCUUGGAGAUGUGGAAAAGGCAAUUGGCUUUUUGAAAAAGAUGAGGAAAGGUGGGCUAGAACCCAGUUUGAUUACUUAUACCACCAUCAUGUUGGGAUUCUGCGAGAAAGGAAAACUGGAGGAGGCAUUUGCUAUUUACAAGAUGGUCAAAGAUUUGGAAAUUGAAGUUGAUGAAUUUAUGUAUGCUACUUUAAUUCACGGGUUUUGUAUGAGAGGGGAUCUUGAUGGUGUUUUUCGUCUGCUAGAUGAAAUGGAAAAGAAGGGGAUUAAUCCAAGCAUUGUUACAUAUAAUACGGUAAUUAAUGGAUUAUGCAAAUUUGGGAGGACUGCGGAGGCUGAGAAGAUCUCAAAGGGCAUAUCUGGAGAUACCAUUACAUAUAGUACAUUGCUACAUGGGUAUAUUGAGGAAGAAAAUACCUCUGGGAUUUUGGAAACCAAGAGGAGAUUGGAGGAAGCUGGAGUCUUUAUGGAUGUUGUUAUGUGUAAUAUACUUAUUAAAGCACUAUUCAUGGUGGGGGCAUUUGAGGAUGCUUACAUACUGUACAAGGGAAUGCCAGAGAAGGGUUUGACUGCAAAUUCCAUUACAUACUGUACAAUGAUUGAUGGGUACUGUAAAGUUGGUAGAAUUGAUGAGGCACUUGAGAUAUUUGAUGAGUUCAGAAGGACACCACUUUCCUCAGUUGCAUGUUAUAAUUGUAUAAUAAAUUGGCUCUGUAAGCAGGGCAUGGUAGAUAUGGCCACAGAGGUGUUUAUUGAACUUAAUCAGAAAAGCUUAACUUUGGAUGAUGGUAUCUGCAAAAUGCUUUUGAAGGCAACUUUUAAACAAAAAAGUGCAACUGGAGUUUUAAAUUUGGUUCACAGAGUGGAAAAUUUGAGGCCAGGUAUGUAUGAUGUUAUGAGCAAUGUUGCGAUCAGUUUCUUGUGCAAGAGAGGGUUUCAUGAGUCUGCAUUUGAAGUGUAUGCAGUGAUGAGGAGGGAAGGGUCGGUUGCAACGAGAAAAACUUAUUAUUCAAUUUUAGAUGGUCUAAUUAAUGAUGGAAAAGAGUGGCUAACUCUGCCUCUUUUAAACAUCUUUCUAAAAGAAUAUGGACUAGUUGAACCAAAAGUAAGCCAGAUUCUUGCUUACCACAUGUGCCUGAAGGAUGUCAAUGAUGCUUUCUGCUUUUUAGAAAAGAUCAAGGACAGACCUACAGCCAUUACCUUGCCUAUUUCUCUUUUCAAGACACUUAUGAAGAAGGGUAAAGUUUUGGUUGCGUAUCAGCUUUUCAUGGAGGCUGAAGAUAGUGUACCCGUUCUGGAUGCAUUUGAUUAUUCGCACAUGGUUGAUGGCCUUUGCAAGGGUGGAUAUAUCAGUGAGGCACUAGAUCUCUGUGGUUUUGCUAAAUCUAAGGGAAUCACCCUGAAUAUUAUUGCUUAUAAUUCAGUUAUAAAUGGAUUGUGCCGCCAAGGUCAUCUUGUUGAUGCAUUUCGGCUAUUUGAUUCAUUAGAGAGAAUUAAUUUGGUACCCUCAGAAAUCACUUAUGCUACAUUGAUUGAUUCCCUACGUAGAGAGGGGUUUCUACUUGAUGCAAAGCAAUUAUUUGAAAGCAUGGUCCUCAAGGGGUUUAAACCGAAUACACAUGUAUAUAACUCUAUUAUUGAUGGUUUUUGCAAAAUUGGACAUAUGGAGGAUGCCUUGAAGCUUCUUUGUGAAUUGGACAUGAAAUCUCUUAGGCCUGAUGAAUUCACUGUUACUAUUGUUAUCAAUGGCUUUUGCCAAAAGGGUGAUAUGGAAGGGGCUCUAAAUUUCUUCACUGAGUUCAAAAGAAAUGGUACAUCACCUGAUUUUUUGGGUUUCUUAAAUUUGAUAAGAGGUUUAUGUGCCAAGGGAAGGAUGGAAGAAGCCAGAAGUAUCUUGAGAGAAAUGCUUCAGUCUCAGUCUGUCCUGGAGCUAAUAAAUAGAGUUGAUGUUGAGCUGGAAACAGAGUCAUUGGAAAGCUUGCUUGUUUCACUGUGCGAGCAAGGAAGUAUCCAAGAAGCAGUGACUGUCCUUAAUGAAAUCGCGUCCAUGUUUUUCCCUGUUCGGAGUUCAUCUAUUGAUCGCCAUCAAUCUCAUAAACUACAGAAGCCUUGUGACAGCGAGGAUCCUAAAACAGUUGCUUCAAAAUCUGUAACUUCCAUCAAUGCAGAUUCGGGUAUUCAGUUUUCUGGUCGGAAGAAAGUAGAGAAGGUGGCAAAAACUUGUGAUGUUAUAGGGAGUAGGUCUCAGUUUCAUGACUUUGAUUAUUACUAUAAGCAAAUUGCUUCACUGUGUUCGAUAGGGGAGCUACAAAAGGCUAGUGAAUUAGUAAAGGAAAUAGUUUCUAAUUUGGGCAAGAGUUGAGUCUGGCUACCUGACCUACGUUGGUGCUUCCUCUACCUUCAGCGAGGCACCAGAUAUCGUGCAUGCAACUGCAGCUGGAGUCUGGACAAUCAAGUAAUGGCUUGCAACAGAAUACUGUCGAGCUAAAAGGGUUCAGCUAAUUGAACUUCAAGCCUGACAACUGCAAACAGUGUUAAUGAUCGUUUUGGACCAGUUAGGCUCUUGAAUUGCUGUAGCAUUAUGAAGAUGAAACGGUCUGAAGGAUAUGUUGGCAACAGUGAAAGGAUAUCAGCGGCUCAGAAACUACUUACAUGGACUUAAAGGACAAAGGUCAUAGAUUCUUUUCGGUCUGAAAAAGGUCAAAUAAUGAGUUUGCUCCUGUGGUCUAACUGAGUAGUGAGAUUGAGAAAAUGGAUGUCGUUUUACUUCAUUUCCUUUGCACCAAGUUUAAACUGAUUUUGGAUUUUCUCCAUGCUUAGUGCUCUGCAUCUUCAUGGACCUUGGACAUGCAACCAAAUGCUGGUAGAAUUUAAUCCAGUCUGAUGGUGGAACUUUACGUCCAAUUUAAUCCUGUCUGAUGAGAUUGGGUUCUACCAUCUCUAAUAGUGCAAGAUGACAACAAGGCUGGAUUGUGCAUACACUGACAAAACUCCAUAUUUAGCAGGAUAAGCUGUCCUGCUAAAGGGAAUAUGGACCCGGGUCCGUGUGUUAGGGUCAGGUCCAGAGUUUGGAUUCAAGGUUCAGUCUGAGGGGGAAGGUUAAGCAGUCUUAUUAGAAAGGAGUAAUCUACCGAGGAUUCCAGCAGUAAUUAUGGAGCUGAAGAAAAGAGUUUACCAGUUUUGGGAAAGGAGUGAGAUGUAGAGCUGCAUGAUGGAAUAUACAAAAUUCUUCGGUUGAUAUGAGCAUCUGCACACAACAGAAUAUACCGUGUACAUCUUGGUUACGUUGCUCGGUCUUGUGUAUCAGAUUGUAGACUGUCGAGGCUUUCCCCCUUUCAUUUAGAGUUUCUCUAUCAGUGUUUAAUGACCUUUAAUGAGGCUAGUUUGUCGUGCGGCUGGGCCUGCUUCUGUUUUGUGUUGUUGAUUGUUAUAUAGGCAGACACCGGCAUAGAACAAUGUUUUCUGGUACUAUCUAAUCGAGUAACCUUUUACUGAA